CACUCCCCUCUUCCCAAGCUGGAUCAGUGUGUAGGGAGGGCAGUCAUCACGCCAUCCUGAGCAGCAAGAGCUGACGCUGGACGAAGCUGCCAGGUAGCUGAAAAAAGGCACAGAAGGCAGCUGAUACCCACUUUUCAACGUGUUGGGUGGUUGGUUUUUUUUUUUUUUUCAGUCUGAAUCUGGACUUCAAGCAACACAGCGCCUGAGACAGCUCAUCUGAACCACACUGUAUUGCAAUACUCGCUCUUCCCAAAGAAAAAGACUCCACUGAGUAGCAGAAUGCUGCCAGUGUCGCAGCUAGGGCUACAAUACAGAGCCUUUUUGUAACAUUUUAAAAUCUCUUUCUGUUCAUAUAUUUACAGAUACAUACCUACACUCACAUAUCAAUUCUUCCUUUUUUGAGGGCACCUUUGGCUUUUGUUACCCUGAUGUGACUUCUUCUUCGUCUUGGAAUGAUGGGGAUCUUUCUAGCUUAUGUUGGAUUCAUUUUCUUUUCAGUUAUGUAUAUUCAACAAGGACUUUCUACCCAAGCAAAAUUCACUGAGUUUCCCAGAAAUGUCACGGCCACUGAAGGGCAGAAUGUGGAGAUGUCUUGUGCUUUCCAAAGUGGCUCCGCUUCGGUGUACCUCGAAAUCCAGUGGUGGUUUCUGCGGGCGGCUGAGGACCAAGAGGCCGGAGCUGAGGUGACAGGCACUCAGGUGGAGCUCCUGCCCGAGCGGGACCUGGAUAACGACGGCACGAAGAUCAGCACAGUGAAAGUACAAGGGAAUGACAUCUCCCACAAGCUGCAGAUUUCAAAAGUGAGGAAAAAGGAUGAAGGCUUGUAUGAGUGCAGGGUGACCGAUGCCAACUAUGGAGACCUUCAGGAAUACAAGGCCCAGGCAUUUCUCAAAGUCAACGCUAACAGCCACUCUCGGCGAAUGCAAGCCUUUGAGGCAUCUCCAAUGUGGUUGCAAGACAUGAAACCUCGCAAAAACAUCUCAGCAGCUGUUCCAAGUAGCAUCCAUAACUCUGCCAAUCAGCGUGUGCGUGCCACCUCCAGCCCUGAAGCAGCAGCCAAAAUCCCCAAACAAAGUCCACAAUCAGGUGCGAGGAUAGCUACAAGCCAUGGACUUUCUGUCCUGCUUCUUGUUUGUGGCUUUGUGAAGGGUGCUUUGCUUUAAUCUAAAAGUGCUGACUUUUUCCAAUAUCACUUUCUCUUCUUAAAGCAAAGAGCAAAUCGCCUGUAAAAUCCACGGAGCGGACAGCAAAGUUGACCCUAACCUCCAACCACCACUCUGCACCCAAUGUACUCUAAAUCUCUACACAAGGAGCACCUUCUUCAGGAAGUACAAACAAAAAUACUAAAUAAAUAAAAUAAAUAAAUAAAUAUUAUAAAAAGAAGAGGAUACCACAUGUUUUCUUGAUAUAUCUUAUUUUCUUUGGCGUAUCACUGAUCUUUUAUUUGAAGAGAACUGGUGUGAUGUAAUCAAACGUUUUGUAACAGCAAGACCUAGUUUCCUUUUCUUUCGGCAAGGAGAAGCCUCAUCCUUGACUUCUCAGGGGUUGGCCUGCGAGUCAUCAGUAUUACAGAAUUAACCAUGGAUGACAUUUGGUUUCCUACGCUGAAAGAACCGUUCCAGCCUGGAAGCAAACAGAGGCCAAAUAAUGAAACAAAAUAUAGUGAUUUCACAUCGACCCCAAUAAAACACACCACAAACUUUAUUAAAAAGUUUGUGGGUUUUUGGUUUUGGGGGUUUUUUUUUGCAUGAGGAAUAGGGAGGAGAAAAGAAAUUCUACAAAGCAACUAAGCAGACUAAAGGACAUUGUUUCUGGAAAACAAAUGAGGAUACUUUUCUUUUGAGUUGUUUGGGUUUUUUUUUAUUAUUAUUAUUCUUCCCCUGUGGGUUUUUUUUCCUGUCUUUUUUUGUUUGUUUCUUGUUCAAUGGUGGCAAUUACUGACUUAGGCCAACCCCUGAUGAUUGCGUGGAGGUUUAUAUAUAUAUAUACAUCUCUUUUUUUUUUUGUGUGCGUUCUAUAUUUCAGUGUUUUCUCUAAUUUUGCAACUCCUGUAUAUGCAAAACUAACUUAAAUUCUGUAAAUUGCUUACAGUCUGUGUGAUAUAACUUCAGAGUAGACAUACUUUGGUCCUCAUGCAAGCCAGUUUUUAAUAUUAUCUAUAUGUCGUGCCAUCAAUAGAAAUCUUUAUUUCCUUUUUUGAGAAAACAUCACUUUUUAGUUUGUAAUUCAGUACUGUGUGGAUUUUGUAAUACAUACCUUCACUUCCACUGGUUUGACCCCUUUCAGCCCUCUGUUUACUCUGUAAAUGCACAUUAAAAUUUGUUAUGGUCUCUAGACGAUGAA